AUGCUUGCUGGGCCACGUCCAAGUUUUAAUUCUGGUCCUCCUUCUCAAUCAAUGCAACAACAGCCACAAGCACCGUAUCCAAUGUAUCCAAAUCAAUUUCAGUCGCCUACUGUGCCACCUAAUUUUCCAGUCAAUCAACAACAGCCUCCUAUUUUACCACCGAAUUUUUCCGGUAGUCAACAUUAUCAAGCACCAGUGUCAUCAAAUCAUCAAAUUCAAUCACAUCCACAGCAUCAUACAAGCAAUCAACAACCUUCGUCAUCCCAAUUUCCUUCACCAUCACUCAAUUAUACGGGUCCUCAACAGUCCCUACAAGCACAAUUCUCUACACAACAACCAAAUCUUUCUGGCAUGCAACAACCAUCAGUAGGACCCUUUUCUUUACAGCCACCAACGCAUUCCCUUACGCCAACAGGAAAUCAACAACAAUAUCAAAGUCAAGCAUCAAUAAUGCCUACUGAAAUAAAUCAAACCUUUAUGCAACAGGGGACCAUUACAUCCAAUCAAUUUGGUGCACCCCCGACAUUCUCCAACGCUCAAUUUCCACAACCACAGCAACAACCACCUCCUUUUCCGAAUCAAUCAUCAGCAAGUAUGAGUUGUGUACCACAAUAUCAAUAUCUUGGUAGUCAACCUCCUUACAAUAAUGCUCCUUCAUCAUCAUUCGCUCCAAUUAGUCAAUCCCCACCAGCAACCAGUUAUUCCCAACAACCGCUACCACUUCAUUAUCCUAAUCAGCCAAAUUUUUAUACUGCGCCAACGAAAUCUGGUAGUCAAUUGAAUGGACCAAAUGCAUAUUCAGGUCAACCACCACCUAGUGGACCAAAUACACAUCCUGCCCAGCCACUAUCGAGUGGAUCAAGUUCAUACUCAGGUCAACAACCACCUAGCGGACCAAAUACAUAUCCUGGUCAACCACCAUCGAGUGGACCGACGCAACAGACAUAUCAAUCACAACGGAUCGAUCCGGAUAUGGUACCUAAUGUAGUUCAAGUUCUUGAACAAAGUCAAGAAAAAAUUCAGGAACUAUUUAUAACUAAUGCACCUGGUUCAAUCCCUCCGUUAGCAGCAACAGAUUUUGUAUGUCAAGAUCAAGGUAGUUGUAAUCCUCGUUAUAUUCGUUCAACCACCUAUACUAUACCAUAUGCAACUGAUAUGAUUAAACAAUCACAUAUACCAAUUGCUCUUGCUAUUAGCCCACUAGCAAAUCUGCGAUCAGAUGAAUUCGAACCUCCCGUUGCGAAUUUUGGUGAAAUAGGUCCUAUCCGAUGUCAUCGUUGUAAAGCGUAUAUGUGUUCAUUUAUGCAAUUUAUUGAUGGUGGCAAACGUUUUAUUUGCUGCUUCUGUGAAGCUGCCACUGAUGUGCCACCUGAAUACUUUAAUCAUCUUGAUCAUAGUGGCCGCCGUAUGGAUUGGUAUCAACGACCAGAACUUUGCCUUGGUUCAUAUGAAGUAUUGGCAACAAAACAAUACUGUAAAGAUGAAAAAUGGCCUGAACCACCAGCAUUUAUAUUUAUGAUUGAUGUAUCAUACAAUAGUGUUCGUAGUGGCCUAGUUGAAUAUAUUUGCCACAUAUUAAAAAAUGAACUUCUUAAUUAUUUACCAAGAGAUAAAGAUACUGAAACGUCUAAUGUGCGUGUUGGCUUUGCAACAUUUGAUAAACAAAUACAUUUCUAUAAUAUUAAAAAUACACUUGGACAACCACAAAUGAUGAUUGUUUCUGAUCUUGAAGAUAUAUUUGUUCCAUUACUAGAUGGUUUUCUUGGUUCACCACUCGAAUCACGUUCGGUCAUAAAUAGUUUACUUGAUCAAAUUCCUCAAUCAUUUGCAAACACACAAGAAACAGAAACAAUUUUAGCACCAGUUAUUCAAUCUGGUAUUCAAGCUUUCAAAGAAGCCAAUUGUUCGGGUAAAAUUUAUGUUUUUUCGACAACAUUGCCCAUAGCUGUUGCACCAGGAAAAUUGUCAAAUCGAGAUGAUAAAAAACUACUUGGAACUGAUAAAGAAAAAACACUUCUUGCACCAGCUAAUAAUAUUUUUACAAAACUUGGUGAAGAAUGCGCACAACACGGCUGUGCUGUAGAUCUAUUUGUUUUUCCAAAUAAUUAUAUAGAUUUGGCGACUAUUAGUGAAGUGUGUCGUGUAUCUGGUGGACAAACUUAUAAAUUUAACUAUUUUUCAAUUGAAAAUGAUGGUGAAAGAUUAUUAGAUGAUUUGAAAAGGAAUUUUCAACGAGCCACUGCUUUUGAUGCUUUAAUGCGUGUGAGAACUAGUGCAGGCAUUCGACCAAUUGAUUUUCUGGGCAAUUUUUAUAUGACAAAUGCAACUGAAAUGAUCUUUGGUACAAUUGAUUCGGAUAAAUCAGUUUGUGUAGAAUUAAAACAUGAUGAUAAAUUACCUGUUGAAAGCAAUACUUAUAUUCAAGCUGCUUUACUUUAUACAAGUAUAUCGGGUCAACGUCGUUUACGUAUAUUAACAUUAGCUUUGACAGUUACAUCGUCAUAUACAUCCCUUUAUCCAGCUUGUGAUCUUGAUACAAUUAUGAAUUAUAUAACAAAAGUUGCGGUACGUUCAAUAGCAGUGUCAACUCCAAAGAGCAUACGAGAUAGUAUAAUUACACAAUCAGCAAAUAUGUUAGCAUGUUAUCGAAAAAAUUGUGCACAAUCAACAACAGCUGGACAAUUGAUUUUACCUGAAACAUUAAAAUUAUUACCAGUUUAUGUUACAUCGUUGAUUAAGUGUGAUGGUUUGACUGGAACUCAAACGGUAACAACUGACGAUCGAACUUUACAAAUGCAUCGAUUAAUGUCUAUGAAUAUUAAAGGAACAUUCGCAUAUCUGUAUCCAAGGGUUUUUGCUCUGCAUAAUUUGGAAGAAGACAAAAUACCACCACCAAUGAUCCGAUGUUCAUAUGAUCGCUUCUCAGAAACAGGAGCUUAUGUUAUUGAGAAUGGUCUUGUGAUGUACAUUUGGCUUGGAAGUCAACUCAGUUCAACAUUCGUACAAUCAUUAUUUGGUAUUCAAACAUCGUCACAUAUACAAGCUGAAAAAUGUCGCAUUGUUGAUCUUGAUAAUCCAAUAUCAAGAAAUGUUCGAGCACUAUUAAAUUUAAUUCGUAAUGAACGCAAUUCAUAUAUGAAAUCUUUUGUCAUUCAACAGCGUGAUUCAGUUGAACCAUUUUUCAAAAAUUAUCUCAUCGAAGAUAAAGGUUUCACAGGUGGUGCAUCAUAUGUUGAUUUUCUCUACCAUUUACAUCGUGAAAUUCGAAAUAUUCUUCAAUGA